UUGAAUGAACGGAACAACUUCCGGCUUCUAAACCGCUCAGGCAGCGGAAAUCAUUAAACUAAGCGGAACUAAUCUGCGCAGCAUUCCACUCAAUUCUAGUUCUUUUAACGACAUUUAGCGUCUUUUAUACAGAAGUUAUUUGGGGGGAAACGGUGUGAAAUUCAGUUUGAGUAUCCUGAUUAUGGUGUAAACAGGGCAGUUCAGGGACUCUGACAGCGGCAGGUGUGUGAGAGUGUGUAUGUUGGUCUGCUGGUAUGCUGACGUUAGCCAGUAAGCUAAAGAGGGAGGAGGGCGUGAGGGCCGGCCGGACCCCUGCAGGCUCCAACGAUGCCUCUCAUAGAGUGUCCAUCAGAGAUCGACUGCUCAUCAAAGAGGUUGCAGAACUUGAGGCCAACCUUCCAAAUACCUGUAAAGUAACAUUUCCUGAUGAAAACAAACUUUAUCACUUCCAGUUGGCCAUUUCACCAGAUGAAGGCUAUUACCUUGGUGGGAAGUUUCAGUUUGAGAUUGAAGUUCCUGAAGCCUAUAAUAUGGUGCCACCCAGAGUCAAGUGCUUGACUCGAAUAUGGCAUCCAAACAUUGCAGAAACUGGGGAGAUCUGUCUGAGUUUAUUGCGAGAGCAUUCAAUUGAUGGUACUGGAUGGGCACCCACUCGUACUUUAAAGGAUGUAGUAUGGGGACUGAAUUCACUCUUCACUGAUCUUCUUAAUUUUGAUGACCCACUGAAUAUAGAUGCAGCGGAGCAUCAUUUACGGGACAAGGAGGAUUUCAGGAACAAAGUUCAGGACUUCAUCAAAAACUAUGCAAGAUGAUGUCUCUGUCGAGCCACUCUCCCACGCAUGUGACUUUGCAGAUGUACGUUGAACCAGACUGCAACAGAGACAAAAUCUCAAACUAUUAAAACACACUUGGGGAAAGAAGAAAGAUUAAAAAAAAAAGCGUAAUGAAUGACGCCGCGAGUCCCUGAUCAAGAUUUGGGAGGGGGGAAUGUGG